UCACAAUAACACAAAUAAAGAUCAUGAUAAAGAAAAUCUAUCUAAAAGGUUAAAAUUAGCUAAAUUAAGAAAAUUUGAGGCAGAUGCCGAAAAGGCCAAAAUUGAGGCCAGAAGAGCCAAAGCCGAAAUUGAGGCUAGAAAGAUCAAGAUCUUAGCAGAAUUGAAUAUUAGGGAGGCUGUGGCCGAAGUAGAUAAAGCUGAAACAAAUCUAGGAAAGCCAAAUGCUGCAGAAUUUAAUAAUUUUUAG